UCUGAAGUUACACCCAUCCCAGAAUUUUCAUAGAGCUGGACUAUUGGAAGAAUCUGUCUAUGAUCUUCUCCCAAAGGAGUUACAGUUACCUCCACCUAGAGAAACUUCUGUAGCAUCAAUGAGUCAGACAAGUGGUGGUGAGGCAGGCUCGCCUCCUCCAGCUGUAGUUGCUGCUGAUGCUUCUUCAGCUCCCUCCUCUUCCUCCAUGGGCGGUGCUUGCAGCUCCUUUACCACCUCUUCCAGCCCUACCAUUUAUUCUACCUCAGUCACCGACAGCAAGGCUAUGCAAGUGGAGAGCUGCUCCUCAGCCGUGGGGGUAAGUAACAGAGGGGUAAGUGAAAAGCAGUUAACCGGUAACACAGUUCAGCAGCAUCCAUCAACCCCGAAGAGGCACACAGUGUUGUACAUCUCACCACCACCUGAGGACUUGCUGGAUAACAGUCGGAUGUCCUGCCAGGAUGAGGGGUGUGGAUUGGAAUCUGAGCAGAGCUGCAGUAUGUGGAUGGAGGAUUCCCCCUCCAACUUCAGUAACAUGAGCACCAGUUCCUACAAUGAUAACACUGAGGUACCUCGUAAAUCACGAAAACGAAAUCCAAAGCAGAGGCCGGGGGUCAAACGACGAGAUUGUGAAGAAUCUAAUAUGGAUAUAUUUGAUGCCGACAGUGCCAAAGCACCUCACUAUGUGCUUUCUCAGCUUACCACGGACAACAAAGGCAACUCAAAAGCUGGAAAUGGAACAUUGGACAACCAAAAGGGAGCUGGAGUAAAGAAGAGCCCUAUGUUGUGUGGACAGUAUCCUGUUAAAAGUGAGGGGAAGGAGCUGAAGAUAGUUGUACAGCCUGAAACCCAGCACCGAGCUCGGUACCUGACAGAGGGCAGCCGAGGCUCAGUAAAAGAUAGAACACAGCAAGGGUUUCCAACGGUGAAGCUGGAAGGUCAUAAUGAACCGGUAGUAUUACAGGUGUUUGUGGGCAAUGAUUCUGGUCGAGUGAAACCACACGGAUUUUACCAAGCCUGUAGGGUAACUGGACGAAAUACCACCCCCUGCAAAGAAGUGGACAUUGAAGGGACCACUGUUAUAGAAGUCGGCCUCGAUCCUAGCAACAACAUGACACUGGCGGUGGACUGCGUAGGAAUAUUGAAGCUGAGGAAUGCCGAUGUUGAAGCCAGAAUAGGAAUUGCUGGUUCCAAGAAAAAGAGCACUCGAGCCAGAUUGGUUUUUCGAGUCAAUAUCACAAGGAAAGACGGCUCCACUCUGACAUUGCAGACACCCUCUUCCCCCAUUUUGUGUACUCAGCCAGCAGGAGUUCCUGAGAUCUUAAAGAAAAGUUUGCAUAGCUGUUCAGUGAAAGGAGAGGAAGAAGUGUUUUUAAUUGGGAAGAACUUUCUGAAAGGAACUAAAGUUAUUUUCCAGGAAAAUGUUUCUGAUGAACACUCUUGGAAAUCAGAAGCUGAGAUAGACAUGGAAUUGUUCCAUCAGAAUCAUCUUAUUGUGAAGGUUCCCCCAUAUCAUGACCAACAUAUAACUUUGCCUGUAUCAGUGGGAAUAUAUGUUGUGACCAAUGCUGGAAGAUCUCAUGAUGUUCAGCCAUUUACAUACACUCCAGACCCAGCAGCAGCUGGAGCUUUGAAUGUCAGUGUGAAAAAGGAGACAUCUAGUCCAGCAAGGCCUUGCUCUUUUGAAGAAGCCAUGAAAGCAAUGAAAACAUCUGGAUGUAACUUAGAUAAGGUGAACAUUCUUCCUAAUGCCCUGAUCACUCCACUCAUAUCAAGCAGUAUGAUUAAGACUGAAGAUGUCACUCCAAUGGAAGUAACAGCAGAGAAAAGAUCUUCCCCUAUUUUUCAGACUACAAAGACAGUUGGAUCGACUCAGCAAACUUUAGAAACUAUUUCUAACAUAACAGGAAAUUCAUCUUUUUCAUCACCAUCAUCUUCCCACUUACCUUCUGAAAAUGAAAAUCAGCAGCAGCUUCAGCCCAAGGCAUAUAACCCAGAGGCCCUGACAACUAUCCAAACACAGGACAUCUCACAGCCUGGGACUUUUCCAGCAGUUUCUGCUUCUAGUCAGCUGCCCAGCAGUGAUGCAUUACUGCAGCAGGCUACACAGUUUCAGACAAGAGAAGCUCAGUCGAGAGACACAUUACAGUCAGAUGGCACAGUGGUUAAUUUGUCACAGUUGACUGAGGCAUCACAACAGCAGCAGCCAUCCCCGCUUCAAGAACAAGCACAGACGUUACAACAGCAGAUCUCAUCAAAUAUUUUCCCACCGCCAAGUAGUGUGAGCCAGCUCCAGAGUACUAUUCAGCAUCUGCAAGCAGGAAGUUUUGCAGGUGGCACUGCUGGUGGCAGCAGUGGAAGUGUUGACUUGGUCCAGCAGGUUCUAGAAGCACAACAACAGUUAUCUUCUGUUCUGUUUUCUGCUCCAGAUGGUAAUGAGAAUGUUCAGGAACAACUUAAUGCAGACAUUUUCCAAGUCAGUCAAAUUCAAAGUAGUGUAAGCCCCGGAAUGUUUGCCUCAACAGAGCCUGCAGUUCAUACCAGACCAGAUAACUUACUACCUGGGAGGGCUGACAAUGUCCAUCAACAAACUGAAAACACACUGUCUAAUCAGCAACAGCAGCAGCAACAACAACAACAGCAACAGCAAGUGAUGGAAUCAUCAGCUGCAAUGGUGAUGGAGAUGCAGCAGAGCAUUUGCCAAGCGGCUGCCCAGAUUCAGUCAGAACUAUAUCCUUCAGCUGCUUCAGCAAAUGGAAGCCUUCAGCAGUCUCCAGUGUACCAGCAGCCUUCUCACAUGAUGAGUGCACUGCCUACCAGUGAGGACAUGCAAAUGCAGUGCGAGUUGUUCUCUUCUUCUCCCUCAGUUUCAGGAAAUGAAACGUCAACAACCACCACACCACAGGUUACAACCCCUGGCUCCACUAUGUUUCAGGCACCAAGUUCAGGAGAUGGAGAAGAAACUGGAACACAGGCAAAACAAAUUCAGAACAGUGUCUUUCAGACCAUGGUUCAAAUGCAACACAGUGGGGACAACCAGCCUCAAGUAAAUCUCUUCUCAUCUACAAAAAAUAUAAUGAGUGUUCAGAAUAGUGGUACCCAGCAACAAGGGAAUAGCUUGUUCCAGCAAGGGAAUGAGAUGAUGUCACUUCAGUCUGGGAACUUUUUGCAGCAGUCUUCUCAUUCACAGGCUCAACUGUUUCAUCCUCAAAAUCCUAUCGCUGAUGCUCAGAACCUUUCCCAGGAAACCCAAGGUUCAAUUUUUCACAGUCCAAAUCCUAUUGUCCACAGUCAGACUUCUACAGCGUCCUCUGAGCAGUUGCAGCCUCCAAUGUUUCACUCUCAGAAUACCAUUGCUGUAUUACAAGGCUCUUCAGUUCCUCAAGAUCAGCAGUCACCCAACAUAUUUCUUUCCCAAAAUUCUAUGAAUAAUCUUCAAACGAACACAGUAGGCCAAGAAGAACAGAUUUCAUUUUUUGCAGCACAGAACUCAAUUUCUCCACUUCAGUCAACAUCAAACCCUGAACAGCAAGCUGCUUUUCAACAGCAGCCUCCAAUCUCACACAUCCCAACCCCGAUUCUGUCCCAGGAACAGGCACAAUCCACUCAGCAAGGUUUAUUUCAGCCUCAGGUAGCCCUUGGCUCCCUUCCAUCUAAUCCAAUGCCUCAAAGCCAGCAAGGAGCAAUUUUCCAAACACAGCACUCAAUAGUUGGCAUGCAGAGCAACUCUCCAUCCCAAGAACAGCAGCAACAGCAGCAACAGCAGCAGCAACAACAACAGCAGCAGCAGCAGCAACAGCAGCAGCAACAACAGCAACAGCAGCAGAAUAUUUUAUUCAAUAAUCAGAAUGCCAUGGCUACAAUGGCAUCUCAGAAGCAGCCACCACCAAACAUGAUAUUUAGCCCAAGCCAAAACCCAAUGACUAGUCAGGAGCAGCAGAACCAGUCAAUUUUUCACCAACAAAGUAAUAUGGCCCCAAUGAACCAAGAGCAGCAACCCAUGCAAUUUCAGAAUCAGCCUACAGUUUCCUCACUUCAGAACCCAGGUCCUGCACAGUCUGAGUCACCACAGACCUCCUUGUUCCAUAGUUCUCCUCAGAUCCAGUUGGUACAAGGGUCACCUAAUUCUCAAGAGCAGCAAGUAACACUCUUCCUCUCUCCAGCAUCCAUGUCUGCACUGCAAACCAGUAUAAACCAACAAGACAUGCAACAGUCUCCUCUUUAUUCUGCUCAGAACAACAUGCCUGGAAUUCAAGGAGCCACUUCUUCAGCCCAGUCCCAGGCUACUUUAUUUCACAACACUACAGGAGGCACAAUGAACCAACUACAAAAUUCUCCUGGUUCAUCUCAACAGACUUCAGGAAUGUUCUUAUUUGGCAUUCAAAACAAUUGUAGUCAGCUUUUAACAUCCGGACCAGGUACCUUACCGGAUCAACUGAUGGCCAUAAAUCAGCCAGGCCAGGCACAAAAUGAGGGUCAGGCUUCUGUGACAACACUUCUUUCUCAGCAAAUGCCAGAGACUUCCCCACUGGCCUCGUCUGUGAGCAGCAGUCAGAGCAUGGAGAAGAUCGAUUUGCUUGUCUCAUUGCAAAGCCAAGGGAACAAUUUAACUGGUUCCUUUUAAUGAGAUGCAAAUUCCGUGAAGAAAGAAAUGAUUCCAAGAUGUCCUGAGAACUUGUUCUGUGAAGAUUAUUGAACUAUUAUGGAGAGCUACAUUUGAAUAAAUGGAUAGAUUUCCUGGCAGUAAGAAUACACCCAUACUGCCUGUUGCUGUAAUUCGCCACCAAUGUGCUUUUUGUUUCUAGUAACAGUGAUAACUGAGAAUCUGUUGGAUUUUCCAGCUGUGACAGAAAUGUUUUUGUCCUAGGUUUUAAAGUGCAAGACUGGGUCUCUCAGUUAUUAUUGCUAUUAGAAAAUCACAUUUGUCAUGUUUACUUACAUUCUUUUUUUUUCCCCUGCAUUAUUUUAGUCAAGUAAUGGCUUAGGACAAAGUAAAGUUUAGUAAUGAGUAAGCCUGUGAUUUUGUUGAUGUAAAAAACACAUGGAUGUUGGCCAAAGUGAAGGAGUUUCUUUCAGUUUUCAUGGAGAAACUGAAGGGGAUAAUCUACAAAAACGCUGUAUUUAGAACUCAUCAUCACACACAUGCAGAUGACAUGCUUUUAAAACUGGAUACAGCUGGAAUGUUACUGAAUUUAUUUUUCAGAGAGUUGUUAGUUCUCUGUAUUUUCUACUUAGGGAUUUAGCCAUAACUGCAUAAAAAUAUUUUGUUCUAUGAAUGAAGGGGAUAAUACAUGACAUUAUGAUCUCAUAUUCUCCUUCAGUAGUUUAAACUGACAGAGUAAUUUGAGUCUGUUUUCUUCUAAUCCAGCAUUAGGCUAGUGCUCCCAUUUUAUAUGCAUCUGUAUUGUUUUCCUGUUUAGUUUUAGACAGCUAUUAAUAUACAACGGCUUUAUGACCCUGUAGUAAUUUAGAGAAGGCAGCCACAUUGAUCCAGUGACCUGGCAGUCUGCAGCAUGGGGCCAGGAAUACUCUUUUAGGAAUUAUUGGGAGUUGAUUCCUGAGAAAAAACAAUUCUCUUUUUUUUUUCUUCCAUGAACGGUGCUGUUCUGAAGUCUUCAAAUUUUUCCCUCUAAUGAAAAACAGUAUAAAUUUUUACUUUACAAACAAGGCAAACAAAAAUUUCUCAAACUGUUACUUCACCCUGAGCUGCAGUGACUAUAAUUCACUUGUCACCUCAGUGCUUUACAGUCGAAGUGGUCACUUAAUUGAUGUAAAGCCUUGGGCUUUACAGGGUCAUAUCACUGAUUUAAAAGGAAGAAUUAACUUGUGUUACAUCUAUAGAGAGCAAAAUUACGCACUCCAGAACUCACAUUUGUAGCAUUAGUUGUAGAGUUUUGGGUGUUCUUGCCACCCAUGGGGUGCCUGCUCCUCACUACCACCUACAUCUGGACACAUGCUUAUGUCUCAUUUAUCUUUGGCAUGUGGAAAGAGUCAAUGCAGCAUAAGGCCAACUUGUGUGGCUUCUGUGUGCUGAUAUGUUUUGGUGUCCUGUUUGUUUCUUUUACUUUCUAAGUGUUUAAAAAUUAGCCAGUCUGUAGUUUUCUUUUCCAUCGCCUUAGUUUUCUUUUCAUCUUAUCUCUCCCUUCCUACACAUUUGUUGAGCUGUAUGAAGCUGUGUUGUUGGUUUUGUUUAUAUAGCCAGAUUCCCUCUUUUGUGAUCUUCUUUUGUUCUUUGACUGUUGUUCUUGUCAUUUGUGUUUCCUCUUUGUCCUUGUUUUUCUGCCCUAGCCCUUCUUUCUCUCUCUGAGAGGCAUUGGAUUACGUUUUCAGUAGUACAGGCUUCUUGCCGAUAUGAAGGGAACUUUCUAGAAAGAGACCUACUCUGGUCAUUUAAUUUUGAAAACAGUUUUCAAUCGUUCAAGUUUUGGAUGGUUUAUAUCUAAUGUGUGUUUCAUUUUUUUGGAAAGCUAUAUUUUAUAUUUAGGAAAUGGUAUACUAUUUUGCUAUUUGUACUGAGUGAGUACAUUGGCAUAAAUAUAGAAAUUUAUAUAUAUAUAUAUAUACAUAUAUAAACUAUUCUUUUUUGCCACACAUUUUUGUGGUAAAUUUGUGAGUUUGUCUGAUGUUCUACCACAACGUGGCGUCUGAUAACAGUGAGGGGUUUGUUAUGUCUUUAUUGAGUAUUUAAGUACCUUUUGAAACAAAUGGCCUGUUUAUCUGUAGCCAUUCCAUCAGGCAGUUCCUUGAUGUUACUAGUGAGCUAAAGGCAACUACUGUGCUUUUGCUGGAUAUUCACUCAGCAAGGUGUUAAAGAGCAAGGAAACUUAUUGAGGCAGUGUGUCAAAUGGUGUUUGACAAGAAUGAGCCACUCUGUUCACUAUAUAUUUAAUAUUUUAUUAUUGUUGUUCUUAUUAAUUGGCUUUCUGUAUCCUAUGCCUUUUAUUUAUAAAGACACUAAAAGUACCAUGUUUGUAAUUUUAAUAACAUUUUCCAUCUUUUAAUAGCCAGAACUACUUUAUAGAUUCUCUAAACCAAAAGUAUUUUCCUCAGUAUCUCCCUUCUCCCCUAUGCCCUACAGGGAAAAAUCACCCAACAUGGUUCAGGUUCUGAGAGGGGUCAGCCACACAAUUCAGUGCUGCAGCUUUAAAACAUACAGUGGGCACUAGUGUGCUAUCUGGAGCAUCAGAGGAGGCAGACUGCAAGAUUGCUUAGGAAAGAUGGAAGUCAGAGUUUAAAACCACAUUGACUUCUGAGUUUUCUGGUUUACUUUCUGAGAUCAGGAAAUCUGUUUAUUCCAAGUUGAAAUCAGAAUGUUUGUUGCGACUGCACCGUCAGUGAAGUGGCAGCAAGCGGUCUGGCUUGUGUGGUGACUUCUGUUUGUUCUGUACUAGAAGCUUAUCCUUAUACAGUGCUGAUUGGCAAUGCCGAGUCACUGGGACCAAUUUCUGUCUUAAACUGUCGGAGUGUAGAACAGAACAUCACCUGAACUGUAGUGGUUUGAGUGGAUGGAGGCAGAAACCCCUAUUUUUAGUCUCAUCACUUCUGUGGUUAUUUAUACAAGGGCUGUGCUGUGCUACCAUAUUCCUGUUCAAUAAUGAUGGAGGUUUAUUUGUUUUCUUACAUUGUUAAACGUUCCUUGCCCCUAAAAGGUGUGUGUUAAGUACAAUGUUCUGAAUAUAUGAUUUGGUUACAAAAAGUAUGUGUCUUCUUAUUGAAGAGUUAGCUCAGUGGUUGAUACUUGUGCUAAGAAUGCAGCUUCUCAGUUCCUGUUACUGAUAGCUACCUGUGGGAAGACUCAGUGAGCCAGAAAAGACCUUGGUAAUCAGGAUAUAUUAAAUUUUUAUCUGGCAGAAGGACCUAAAUAAACUGUGAACUACAUUUUAUUCCUUUGUUACAUUCAGUUCUUGCUUUCAACAACUCACAGAAAUGCUUGGAGCUUAUCUCUCUCUCUCCCACCCCGCUCCUUGGAUGAGCGUAUGUGUGUGUGCAUGCAUUUAUGUGCUUGUUAUUCCUUAUUGUCAUUCCACACCAGGGAAAAAGACAAUUAGAUAUUUUUGUUGUUGUUGUUUUCAAGGCAGUGUUUCUCUGUGUAGCCCUGGCUGCUCUGGAACUCACUCUGUAGAUCAGGCUGACCUCGAACUCACAGAGAUCCUUUGCCUCCUGAGUGCUGGGAUUAAAUGUGUGUGCACUACCACUGCUCGAUUUAGAUAAUUAAUUUCUAAGAUUUGCUGUGGGCUUUUCUGAUUUUAACAUGUAAUUUGUUAUUUAGCCAAUGUAGGUCUGUCUAUCCCAUCUCCUUAGAACAAGUGUUUAAAGAACUUUGUUUAUUAUAGAAGCUGUAUUAAUGAGAGGCCUCUUUCCCUCUCUCCCAUUUUCCCAUCCUUCUUUGCCCCGACCUCCUUAUAGUAUUGUGAAUAAUAGUUUAGAAUUUCAUUAUUGUGGAUUUAUUGUCUACCAGAAUUUUGGCUAAUCUACUCAGAAAAGAAAAAAAAAAACAGAAGGAAGAAAUUGUGCAUAUGUCCCUUCAGAAUGAAAAUAAUUUAUUUUGACCUUUUUGAAUGUUUGUUUUUGAUUUUUCUAUGAGGUUGCACUAUGCUGCCCAAGUACUGGGCCUGGAGAUAUGAAACACCUUAUCUGAGCCCCCUUUGGCCUUUUUAAGCUGUUGUAAAUGUUUAUUUGGGGAAAAUGGAAUCUGUCAGCAAAUAAGAACCACAACAAAAUGACUGAGUACUUCUUAAAUUCAGCAUAGUUGCACAUAUUCUCAGGGGCUAGACUGAGAAUUUUUCUAGUAAAAUUUUCUUCUAUCCCUGUUUCCUGAGUUUCAACUGGUUGAAACUAGUUAAAAGUUAUGGGGAGGCCUCAUCAUUUUACUCUGAAUCACGAGCGUAGCUUCAUUUCUAAGCGAGAUGUUUAUUUUAUAUCUGCGUGCUUUUGGUUAUGUGGAGGGGCUCAAUGACAAAGAAAAACUGUGAUUCAGCAGAUGUGUUAGAGAAGUAGCUCAGACCUGGGGGUGUGGCUCAGGGUAGAGAGUCUGCAUACCUUGUGCAAGGACCUGAAUUUGAUGCCCAGCACCACCGAAAGUGAGAGAAGCAGAAGGUGGGUGUACACACUAGCGAGAGGACGAGCACUCAUCCAUCACAUACUGAGAGCUUUCCCCUCUGCCUACCUUUGUCACUCGUGCUUAGCUGUGACGGUGGCAUUCACUGUGCAGGAGACUGACUCUCUAUAGUAUCGUUGGUCAAUUGUCCCAGCGCCCAAAUUACUUUUAAACUCUCUGUUUUCAUGCCAUCUUAAGCCUUGUAUGUUAAUGAAAUCCUGUUUUUAUUGCUCUUUCAGACAAUUUUUACAUUUGUAUUUUAUAUAUAGAUUAAAUGUUUAUGGAAAAGUGCCUUUUUACCAUGCCAGUGCACCCUUCUUAUAAUUCCACCUUUCACUGUUGCCAAAAAAUAUGAAUAACUGAUUUCAACAGGUCCCAAUGCUGUUGUGGCUUACAUGAAUUAACUCCAAUUUUCUCAUUCCAGCAAAUUAGUAUCUGGGUCUUACCUGAACAAUAAUGAAAAUUUGUGUGUGUGUAUGUGUGUGUGUGAUUCCAUGCACACAAGUGUGUGCAUUAAAUAUUAUGAAGGCACUACUUAUAGCAUCUUCUCUGGUCCUAAUUAACGGCGUGAAGAGUGGUCAUUAAAACAUAGGUUUUGUAAGACCUGGAAUAAUGUUGAUUUCUUUUUUUUUCCUGUCUAAUUAAGCAUGGCAAAGUAGUUUAUUAUAUUUCUUUUCUAUCAGGACUCUAGUUAAUUGACCUUGGAAAACUUAGUGUCAGGAAAAAUUAGGAAGAAGUCAUUGAGUCCUGGGAGAGCUAAGGUAGUUUCUUUAGUAUCAGAUACAGUUGAAUUGAAUGUCCUGGUUUUUGUCCAUUCUGUUUCUGAUCUAGCACCUUACCAAGCGGUGGCACUUGAAGAAAGGGCCAUCAGCCACAAAUUAAGGACAGCCAUAACUUAAACUUUGAAAUGUGUUCCCCAUGGAAGUGUUUUUGUGAUUGUUGGUGGACUGAAGACUGAAGAUGGCAAACUUUUAUGCAAUAUUCUUAAUACCCCAUUGUGCACUUUAACCAUUCCAAAGAAAGCCAAGAAUACAUCUUAACUCUUCAGAGCACUGCAUCCGUUCUUAUUUUAGAUAGUUGGCUUGAUGUGUUAGAUGAUGGCUUUUUAAAGUAACCUGGAGCAAGUGUGGAAUUGCUGUUUUCUAAAGGAUGCUUAAGACUUUGACAUGUAGUGCAGGGAAAUGACUCCACUCUAACAAACCAUAGUAAACCUUUGACUAGCUGUUGAGUAUAUUGAGAACUACUUAGAACCAUUCCCCUUCCUGUGUAUCUUAUAAGAAGGCUGUAAUAGUUUGUAUCCAUGUGGUGAAUGCAGACCAGUAUGGUCCUCCAUCCAGCAGCUAGUCAGUGAGCAGGAAGCCAGCUAGAGGUGCAUAUUCUUGGGCUAUAGCCCAGUCUUGCUGAGUUACAUCUGAAAUGGGGCCCCGCAGUCCGUCUGACCCAAGUCCUCAAUUGAGUCUGAUUCACCUGAGCUUCAGAGCCUAGUAAAAGUGAGAUUCUUUCUUCUUUAUGUAUAUUCAGCCUCACCUGGUAUUCUGUGAUCAUUUAUCAGCAGUGGUAAUUCAUUCUUAGUACUGCCUAAGAAAAUGCAUAUGUUUUAUGUAUGUAUAGUAUAGUUACUGAUAAUUCAUUUAACUUGGUUUGGCAUUUUUCUACCACUGACUAAAAAGUUUACAUUAACUGAUUUCAAUAUAUAGGUGCAAUGGUCUGUUUUUUCUUUAGUUGUUGUGACAUUUACUUAGCUAAAAUAAUUGAUGGGUGCUACAGUCUCCUGUUUAUGCAUAAUAUGGGUACGUUGUGGGCAGGGUAAUAUAAGCUCUCUCUUCAUUGUCUCUUACUUUAUCAGCAGACUAUGGUUCUGCUCUGGCUAGACUAGCUUUCAGAACAGAGUCACCAUUCCGUAUCAUUGUCUUGUAUCUGCGAUAGUAAAUCAGAUGGCUGGCCAGGCCAACAUAGCACCUUGUUUAAUUUCUUUUAUGAGUUGAUGAAGAUUCCUAUCAAGUAGCUUAUUUGACAUUUGAAUGCUGCAGUAGAGUAAUGGUUCUCUUUGGUACUCACGCUUCAGGUGAAGUACUUCACAGAAUGCUAAGAUAGUACAUUUUAUAACUUGGGUGUUUCCUCCAUCUCAGUUGUGUGCAUCCUACAAAUAAGCAGGUUUAUUCAUAUUUUUCCUUUAUAAUUCAGUACUUCCAUCAUUAAUCUUCCUUCCACUGUUUACAAGUCACUGGUGAGGUAGCUCAUGAAGAAGGAUUCCCUUUUCAGAAUAAACCAUGAAUACUUGCUUUCUGAGGAUCACUGCUCUCUGUCCAACACAGCAGUACUAAGUGGCUUCCUCCACAAACUGAUGCUGGAAAGUACGUAGGCAAACUGCUGAGAUGUUCUAGAGACGUCCUCUCUUCCCCUCCUAAUUAUGUCAUCUGUUGCUGGACCCAGAGCAUUCUACACAAUCUAUUCAGCCCCCAUUUGUAAUACUUCCUUAAAAAUCCUGCAUUCAACCAUGUCACCCUACCUGCUCUUUCACACUGAUCUCCCCCACCAGAGCCCAUCCCAGGAGGAAUACAUAUGAUUUGUAGGGGUGGCCUGUUAGCUGCCAUUUUAGCUAAUGAGCCUCAGGAUGUUGAGAGUGGGUUUAGAAUCAAACUUCUGUGACCAAUAAAAGCCUGUCCGGCUGGAGUUAGAGCUAGGUAGUUAUAACCUAAGGUGGGUGCAAUCCCUAGUGCAAAAAGAGAGAGACUAGAGAAGGAAAAAGGAGCAGUCCUGCCCCAGAGUGAUCAUGAUUUUACUCAGUAGAGACCUUCUGCAGUGCAAUUGAACUAACUCCUUCUGUCUAUAAACUGUACCUGCUCACCUUGUUCUUUUCAAGGAUAAGCUCCAAGUGCUUGCUGCUUUCCUGGCCACUUGACUGCGUUUCACGCUCUUUUUACUUCGUGUUUUAAUGAGUAACUUGGAAUAUUUCAUUAACUUGUUCUCAAGUGAUUUAGCUGCCAUUCUGCCAUUUUGAGUUUAAUUUUAUCUGCUUGAGCACACUGAUCAACCACUGACCUGCCUUCUUGCAUUGUCCUGCAAUGAUGUAAGAGUGACAUUUGUGUAAUGGCUUCAUAGUUGGAAUUUCAGAGCACUGACACCAGAUAUUCUUAGUUUCUUCUCUGGGGGAAUUUCAUUUGCAUCUAUGUUUUUAGCUAUCUGUGAUAACUUGUUAAAUAUUAAAAAGAUAUUUUGCUUCUAUUGGAACAUUUGUAUACUCGCAAUUAUAUUUCUGUAAACAGCUUCAGUCAAAAAUAAAAUAUUGAAAGUUUUCA